AUGGCACUCACUAAUUCCACCACUAACCAUGCCGCUAAUCAUGCCGCUAAGCGUGAACCGGAAGCAUCUCCCAGCUCUGAACCGGACAAGAACAAGAAGCUCUGCAGUGCGAGGGAAGACAGGGAGCUGGCCUUUGGCGAUGUCAUCUCCGUCGUUGUAGGAAACACAAGCGAUGGAACAUCAAGGUCGGCCGUCGCCCAUGAAAAGCUACUCCGCUCAUCGUCCGAGUUCUUUGACAAGGCGUUGGGCGGUCCCUGGAAACAGACAACCAAGCGGCGUAUUGAACUCCCAGACAACAACCCUGAUGUGUUUGCGAUCUAUGCCCACCGGCUAUACUCCGGCUGCGUGCUAGCAUUUCCUGGCGAAUCGAGGGACAGUGACGUGAAAUUUCUUGAACUCGCCAGUGCCUACAUCUUAGGCGAUAAGCACUUAUGCCCUGGCUUCCAGAAUGCUAUUAUCGAGUCAUUUGUAGCGGAGCUUUACGAACCACAAAGACUAUUUCCCUCGAAUAACAUUGUCAGGUACAUCUAUGAGCAUACACAACCCAACUGCGCGCUACGCCGUAUAAUAACUGACGGUACCCUCCUCUAUCCCAUCGAAAACGACGAAGAGGCUUUACUAGAUUCUUCGUCCAUCGUCAUGAUGCCAUUGGUUAAUUCCCAUCCUCUAUUCCACCUCCUAACCGUCCUUUCCAUCCUCAACCCCAACCUCACGUCAGCGGCCUCGCUAGGCGCCUACAAUGUCGACCCGGCCUCAGUCUCCAUCUCCGGCUUCUCAAGCGGCGGCUUCAUGGCAACCCAGCUGGGAAUCGCCUAUUCUAGCAUCUUCAAAAUCGGCUUCGGUGUCUUCGCCGGCGGGCCCUUCGACUGCGCGAGGAACCAGCCCAACCGCACAUGCAUGAACAACAACAUCCCCGCCAUCGAAACGCCAACAGAGAACAUCAAGCUCUGGAGCGGGAAGCAAAUCGACGAUAUCGCCAACUUGAAAGAUCGCAGGGUCUACAUGCAAGUCGGGGAGUUGGAUCGCACGACCGGCCCGAAUGUUCUUUCGCAGCUGAGGAAUCAACUAUCGGGGUUCCUGGACAAGAAACUUAUGACGUAUAUUGUUACGCCUGGAUCGGAACAUACGAUGCCCACUGAUUUUGAUAGCGACGGGAAUAACGACUGCGCUGUUUCUGGAUCGCCUUUUAUCAGCAACUGUGGGUAUGAUGGGGCCGGGGAGGUAUUGGGUUGGCUUUACGAAAAUGAAUCUCUGACGUCGAGAAAUAUGGGCGCUCUAAACGGAAAUGUCUUUGAGUUUGACCAGACUGAUGGAUUCGGUGCCGGUGCGAGUGCCAGCGGUAUGGGCGAAAAGGGCUUUCUCUACGUCCCCGAUGACUGCAGGAACAACUCGACGGUCUGCAAACUCCACGUCGUCCUCCAUGGAUGCUGUGGAAGCUACGACCUUAUCGGUGAGAAGUUUGUGAGGGAUACCGGGUAUAAUCAAUGGGCAGAUACAAACAACAUCAUCAUCCUCUAUCCACAGGCGGCAGUCGACAAUUCGCUCCAUACGAUCUGGGACGGCGGAAUUCAUUCUAAUCCUCUCGGGUGCUGGGAUUGGAUCGGGCUCUAUGGGGAUGACACGGAUCAAAAGGGCGGGGCGCAAAUUGAAGCCGUCGUGAACCAGGUCAAGAGAAUAAUCAGCGGUUUUUCGGAGGAGGGUUAUCGAGCGGAGGCCGCGACUAUGUCUGGGACUGCAUCUGACCAUAUUCAUUGGGAGCUCUAA